UAAGCGUGGUAAGUUAUAUUAAGUCACUGGUUGUCAACUUUGGGAGUAGCCACGUAGUCUGUUGGGCUGUGGGGUUCCGUGGUCAAGGUGUGGGGUUCCGUGGUCAGGGUCCAGGACUUGGUCAUCCGCGAGGCCCAUGAUUUGGGCUCACGUCAUACAAACACGUUACGCUGAUUUUUGCCAAAAGCCACCUGGUUCACUUUUAUUUACUAUUUAUUUAUUUCUGUGGUGAGUGGGAUAUUGUCUCCUUUCUGUUGAUCUUUUUUUAUACUUGGUGACGUUUUAAAAUUUCGACAUAAUUGUACACAUACUGUUAUUCCCAAGUGAACAGCUUAUUUUACUUCGCUUGCAUUUCACGUUGGCCUCUUUCUCAUGGCAGGUUGUAAUUCAUCCUAGUCAUCUAUCACCAAAAUAUCUAAAUUCCACUACAUGGCGGUUUUACCUUUUCAGAUGUACCUGUCACAGUCAAGUGUGGGGACUGUUAUUCCUGUCAAAAGAGAUUAGAUAUUGGAAUCUGGCUUUGGCUACAAAACCUAUACUUCGUCUACUUCGUCAACUCCAAAGGAGUGACUUACCAGCUAAAGAAUAGUGUCCUUAUAUUCUCCACUUCACAUUUAUGAAAUGGCCAUGUUUUUGUCAAACAAAUUAAAAAUGUGAAUAACUUAUAUAUUACAUGUUAAUGACUUAGAUAUUAGGUAGAAAGUAAUGGUACUUGGAUAACGAGUUCAUCUAAUCCACAGCUUAAUAUGAUGUUUAAAAGUAACUGGUGCUCCAAGUACUUACAUGCAUUUUGUUUCCUACAACUUGCUCAAAAACAUAGUACGUGACAGUACGACUUUUUAAAAUUGCUUUUUCCUUUAUGGAGAUGAUAUUGCUGAUCCCCUGAUAGGUUGUCUGAUCUCAGUGGUUUUUAUUAAAAAUAAUUUCCUGCCGAUUCUGUGUGCACAGUAACCAAAUCCUAUCUGUCCCUGAAGUAAACAUUUAAAGAUACGUCUCCCCUCCGUUCCCACCAUAUUAUCGUCAGUAUGUUACUAAUAGAUUUGUAUUAUAAUUUAUCCAUUCAUAGAUGUCUCUCUGCCACCGGGUUAUGAGGCCAGAACUGAUUUAUUAAUCUGCAUAUGACCAUACAGUGCUGGGUUUGUAACAGGGGCUUAGUAACUGCACAGUGAAGUCAUGAAUGUCGUCAAGCUUGGAGCCUGUAGUCCUUUGGCAGGAAACAGAGUGGUGGUAAACUAGUGGUUGGGGAGUUGGAAUCUUGCUGUUCGUUUUAUCAGCAUUUUGCUCAAGUCCAGCUAAUCAUCUUGUGAUGGCAUUAUACUUUGAUGCUUGCAGAAACUGCAGAGCACGGACAUAGAGGAAAUAAAUAUAAAGCAUUGUGCGUAGUUUCAACAGAAUGUCUUUGCAAAGCAGUUAUUACUGUUAAUAUUACUUCUGGGGCAAACUUUUCCCUGUAAAACGACAGUCAGAAAGCCUUCACAGAAUUGAAAUCCUAUCUUUUCAGUGAUGGAAUGAUGUACAAGAUAGUUUAGAAAAUGUAUUCCUGGAUACAGAGGUAUAAAAACUUGCCAGGCGAAAUUACCAAAAAAAAAAAAAAAAAAAAAAAAAAAAAAAAAAAAAAAAAAAAAAAGAGAGAGGAAGAAAUCCUAACUCGGGAAAUGUGCUUCAUAAUCUUCAGAAUAGAUCCACACCUACACAUACCUAGUUUUCACGGGUCGUCCCGGCUGCGAGCGUUGGGCGUCUCUCCUCUGUGCGAGGCGCUGGGAACACGAAUGGGAAGGGGCCUUAGUCUCAGGAAACGCAAAGGUGUGUUCUAAAGGGGCAUUUCUAGACUUUUUCCAGAUCAUCACAGAUCAUGGGAUUCUUUUACGUAAUUUUACAGAUGCCUCCGUAUUUGAAAGCGUGUGUAGAUUGUGGAGGGGUCAGGCCGACUCGUUCUCCCGCCGGUGGGACUGGGCGUCUCCACCGAGCGCGUGUCGCCGUGUUGCGGCCUGGGGCCGGGUGCAGGCCGGGGAGUGCCGAUCCCUGCGGUUCGAGGCUGAGAGUGGGUGUCGCGGGGGCGGUGUCGGCGAAGGCCGGAGCGCGGACUCCUGUCCGGAAGCCGGGUGCGGAAGGAGAAGAGGAAAGUUAGGGUUUGCCCUCGCAGCAUCCUGACAGGCUUGGCAGGGGCCGUGAGCAGGGGACUCACGUGUCCUCGUGUGGAGGCGAAAGGAUUGAAACAGUAAAGUAAAACUUCUGUGGAAAGAUUUUUUUUUUUUUAAUGUGACUUUUUUUUAAUUUUAUUUUUUAUUUUUUAGAAAAUGGCUCCAAAGGGUAUAUGAAGCUGGAAAAGUACAUAGAUGCAGCAUUGCAGCCUCUCCAGAUGUUUGAGGAUAAUAUUCCGGAGAGAAAUUGAUCCCCUCGGAUUAGGUAACUAGUCAUAAUGAAGAAAAUUAGUCUUAAAACCUUCCGAAAAUCUUUCAACUUGAAUAAAAGUAAAGAAGAAACGGAUUUCAUGGUAGUGCAGCAACCGUCACUGGCCAGUGAUUUCGGGAAAGAUGACUCCUUGUUUGGUAGCUGCUACGGUAAAGACAUGGCCAGCUGCGAUCUCCACAGCGAAGAUGAAAAGGGUGGGAAGAGUCGAUCCAAGAGCGAAAGCCUGAUGGGUACGUUAAAACGACGGCUGUCUGUGAAACAGAAGCAGAAAGGCAAGGGCGGCGCGCCCUCCGGGAGCUCGGCUGACGAGGACACCUUCUCCUCCUCCUCGGCGCCCCUGGUCUUCAAAGACGUGAGAGCCCAGAGGCCCAUCAGGUCCACUUCGCUCCGCAACCAUCACUACAGCCCUACGCCGUGGCCUCUGCGACCCACGAACUCGGAGGAGACGUGCAUCAAGAUGGAGGUGAGGGUCAAAGCCUUGGUUCACUCUUCCAGCCCGAGCCCAGCCCUGAACGGGGUUCGGAAGGAUUUUCACGACCUCCAGUCGGAGACGGCGUGCCAGGAGCAGAGUAGUUCACUCAAGAGUUCAGAGUCUCACAACGGAGACUUGCAUCUUCACCUUGAUGAACAUGUGCCUGUAGUUAUCGGACUUAUGCCUCAGGACUACAUUCAGUAUACUGUGCCUUUAGACGAGGGGAUGUACCCUCUGGAAGGGUCGCGUAGCUAUUGUCUGGACAGCUCUUCUCCCAUGGAAGUCUCUGCGGUCCCUCCGCAAGUGGGAGGGAGCUCCUUCGCCGAAGACGAGAAUCAGGUAGACCAGGACCUAGUGGUGGCCCCAGAGAUCUUUGUGGAUCCGGCGGUGAACGGCUUGUUGAUUGGCACCACGGGAGUCAUGUUGCAGAGCCCGAGAGCGAGUCACGACGAUGCCCCCCCACUCUCACCGUUGCUACCUCCAAUGCAGACCAAUCAGAUCCAAAGGAACUUCGGUGGGCUCACCGGCACAGAUGCCCACGUGGCGGAAAGCAUGCGCUGUCAUUUGAAUUUUGAUCCUAACUCUGCCCCUGGGGUUGCAAGAGUUUACGACUCGGUGCAGAGUAGUGGUCCCAUGGUUGUGACGAGCCUUACGGAGGAGCUGAAAAAACUGGCGAAACAAGGAUGGUACUGGGGACCGAUCACACGCUGGGAGGCAGAAGGGAAGCUAGCAAACGUGCCGGAUGGUUCUUUUCUCGUUCGGGAUAGUUCUGAUGACCGUUACCUUUUAAGCUUGAGCUUUCGCUCCCAUGGCAAAACACUUCACACGAGAAUUGAACACUCAAACGGUAGAUUUAGCUUUUAUGAACAGCCGGAUGUGGAAGGACAUACGUCUAUAGUUGAUCUGAUCGAGCAUUCAAUCAGGGACUCUGAAAACGGAGCUUUUUGUUAUUCAAGGUCUCGGUUGCCCGGAUCUGCAACUUACCCGGUCAGACUGACCAAUCCAGUGUCACGGUUCAUGCAGGUGCGUUCUUUGCAGUACCUGUGUCGUUUUGUUAUACGUCAGUAUACCAGAAUAGACUUAAUUCAGAAACUGCCUUUGCCAAACAAAAUGAAGGAUUACUUACAGGAGAAGCACUACUGAAAGAUUAUGAGAACCCCCGCAUCUUGCACUUUGGGAAUAAGAAAAAGAGAUUGAAAUACAGUUUACAAACUUUCAUUGCUAUCGAAAUCUUUUGCUGCCAUACUAUUUCAGUUUUAUGUGUAAAAGUAAUCAAUUUGUUUAGUUCGGGGUGGGGAAGUGUCAGCAAGGUGUCUUGGGUUUAUUUUGGUUCUUUAAAAAGGGAAGUCUCGAGGUUUCGGAAGUGUGAAUUAUCUUUCAUCAAUGUGCAGAAUAAUCACAAUGUGAAUUAUCAGAUUCUCCUUAACCACCCCCCCCCCCAAGUCCUUUGCUGCUAUCCACUGUGAUUUUUAUGCAUUAAAAGCACAUUUCAUGUGUAUUCAACCCUAAGUAAAGUUGAAUGAAACUUACAGAAUGAGUAUUGUUAUGUCUCUUUAAAUGGCCCAUUUUCAAAGAUAGUGUUGAAUAAACAUACCCGUGUGAUAAAACACAGAAUUUACACGUACACUGAAAAUGAUUUUUACUCUCCUACUUUAGAAAGAUUUAUUUAGAAUUAUGAUUGGACAUCAUCUUGGGUGUUAGAAUGUAGACCCGCAGCAUAUCUUUUACAACACCUACUCUAAAUUGUUUCUGAGGUUGUGCUGUGUUUUGGUUGUGGAAAGUGGAAUUUUUCUGUUGCCUUCAUUUUCAUCUUGUGGUUUGUCUACUUUAAUAAAUGGCCUUACAUUAAAAAAUCAUCAAGAAGUAUAUAACACCAACGUAAGAAAGCGUUGCCUUUUCUGUCAUUAAGCUCUGGUACAAAUUGGCAUAACGUGAAAAGAUCUGUGGGACUAGAACUAUUACUGAAGAAAUUACUAGAUGAUCAUAGUUUCCUGUGAUGAUAAUUUUUUUGUGUAUUAAUUAUACUUUCCUUCGGUAAAGUGUUUUUUCUGUGAUUUCUUUCGCUUAGCCAACAUUUUCUUUGGGUGAACUUGACGUAGAACCGAUUUUCAUAGAAAGAGUGGGUUCUCUUGCAUCAUUUAAGUUUAUAUAAAGUUUUAAAUUGAUUUGAAUAGAAAACAUUGUUUUAGAGUUGGAUUUUUAUUCUUUUAUGUAGUCACUAUUAAGAUAUGCUAGGUUUGACCCUUCUUCCUUCUCCCCACCAAAAACCAAAAAAACCCGAUGACUUUAGUUGAAAAAUUGUGGAAACUGUGGAGCAUCAUGUAAGAAGAGUAUUAAAACCAUAUCAGGUAUAUGGAAGUCUUGUCACCUGCCAUAUACCGCUGUUUAAAACUAAUUUAUUGUUUUUUGGUUUUUUGUUGUUUUAAAUCUAGCUGAGUCUUAAGUAAAUUGGCAGGCAUCGUUAGGUAUUGUAUCUCUAAUUUAGUCACUUGGAUUGGGGGGUGGGGGGUGGGGUUGUCCCCAGUACUUUUGUUAUUUUUGACAUUCAGUGUUUAUUCGCUGCACUAUUCUUUAGUGAGUAUUUUGGAAGUACCCCAUGUAGAAAAUGUUUCCAUCUCAGAUGAAACAUACAAUUUAAGACAUUUCUUCCUUUGUCACUCAGUUUUCCUGUCUCUUACCCGUCAAUUAAAAACAAGAGUAAAGGUCUUAGGUCAACCCUAAUGGCUUUGUCAUUCAGUAUCCCUGUUUUUUUGUUUGUUUUUUGUUUUUUUUUUUCCUCUCUGUUUUUUAGGGUCAGAACUGAGAAAUACCAAGAAAAGGCACAAUGAUAUCGUGUUAUGGUAUUUUGACAUAAAGGGGAAAAGGUACUUAAUUUUGGUGGAAUGUUGAUUGUACCUUGUCAUAAAGGCUCCUCUUGAAUUUUCUGAUGUUUUCACCUAAUAAGAUGGAGUAUACUGUAAUAAUAUAAUUUAAGUGUUCACUAUAAGCUAUUUGGAUUAAGAACUAUUACAGAGUUGUAAACUUAUCAAAUUAAUGCAAGACAUUUAAAACUAUUUUUUUGCAAAACUAUUUAUUUUUAAACAAUUUAAAAUAUAUCUAGGGUGAGUUAAAAGUCCCUGUGCAUCUAUAUUAGAUGGCAGGUAUUGUCACAGAGUCACUGUGUAUUAAUAAUAAAUGUUGAAAUGGCUUCUCCAUGUUUCUAGAAGCAUUUACAUGUACUCUUUGUGAGACCAUGGUGCACAGAGGUCUUUGGACUGCCCUGAACCCCGUCUUCUUGUGUGGACAUAGCCUGUUCCCCACGUGUUCCUCAUGAUACCAUGUGUUCAAGAUUUAGCUAUUUAGUUUCAAGAUUAUUUUGAUUUUCAUCUAAUGGUUUUUAAAAUCAUAUUUUGUGUUUUAUGAAGGGCAAGUCUAGAUGCCGUUCUAAUUCAGAAAGCCAGUUUUUUAUGUGCUUUUUGUAUAUUCAUAACAUAAAAUACUUUAAAAUGCCCCAUUCUAAUCCAAUUUGAAAUUUCUAGGGUCUGACAGUGUAUCGAGAAAAAUAAAAGUAUUUGUCAAGAAAUUAUUUACAAACAAAGGAGUAUUGCAGUAUUUUCUGCUUUUGUGUAGAGAGAGCCAUUUGGCAUAGGCAGCACAAGAUAAUGUGAAAGAUCGGCUUUAUAGGAUACUAAAAUAGUCUGCUUAAAAAUGGAAGGGAGAAAAGAGGGAAAUCUCCAUCCUGUAGUUUGGUCUAGAAACCAUUUGUGUAAACUUCUGGAUUACCCUGAGUGGCAGCUUAGAUGACAUGGACACAACCUGUAAGUGACAUUUAAAGAUAUGAACUCAAGGCAAGAAAGAGAAAACAGGAAAGCCGUAUCCUUUUGCCAUAGUAAAUGAAUCAGAGUUGUUUUCUUGAAGAUUUCACCACAAAAUACAACGGAGGCCAGAAGAUAAUUCUAGGCUUCCUAGGACACUUUUGUGCAUUUUUAUAAAUAAUAAAAAAGCAUAGAAAGUACUUGAAAAAUAUCUCCCUCUUUCUCUUUCUAAGGAAAUCUUCUCUUUCUACUUGGUGCAAUAAUCUGAAAAUCUAGAAGGUCAAAAAUAUAUCACAGGAAAUGAUCAUAGAACUAAAAAUAGUUUUUAAGGAAACGAGUUACAAGGGCAACCAUCUUGCUAUUGAAGAAAAUUGUGUGCCAGAAGGCUAAAUCGUCGGCGUAUUAGGAAAUAAACACAAAGUAUACCUUAUAAUUUCUGAGCCAGUAUUACCGAAACAGGAUAAAAAUUACUAAAAUCUUAAAUAGGUUCUAUGCAGUGUCCCUGCUAGUGCUGGGUCUAAAUAUCUUAAUGCUUUCAGAAACGCCAAUUUUAAUCAUGGACAUUUCACAUUAUAUACGAGAGAUAACCUACAUGAGUGAUUCAAAAUAGUAUAUAUUAAAUCUUAAUGGCUGUUCAUCGAAUGCGAAGUCUUAAUUUGAAAAUGAAAUCACACUACCAGCAAGACAGUUUUGUUGAAAACUCUAAUAAGAAACAGUUGCCAGUUCCAUAAAAAACUUUAAAAUUCCAAAAUAAAGUAUUGGUACGCUAGUAAUCACAAAUUUGAUUUCUUUUAAUACUUUUAAAAAUCCUAUUAGGAAGGGUUUUUUUUUAAUAAACGUUCUUUUUAUUAAUUAGUCAUAACAUCGUGAAUGUGUAGUUGCUGUUUCUGACAAGUGAUCCAAACUCUACAUCCAGAGAUGAUGAAAAAUUCUUAUAGAAUUUUGUAAUAAGUAUACAUGUUGGGUUUAAAGACAUUUUAUAGUCGUUGGGAGUGCCAUGAAAUUAAUACUUGCAAUCCAGAUUGCUGUACUUUACACUUUUUCUGUAUGUUUCAAGUCAGGUGUGUACCAUUUGUACUGAGAACACCACAGAAUGAAUUAUCCAAAGUCCAUUGAUUUUAAUAUGUGUUUUGGUUUGUAAACAAAUUAUAGUAAUUUCUUGCACAUUUUUGGAAAUUAAUUGUAUAAGGAUUUAUGUAUCUGCUUCUAGAUACAGUGUGUAAAUAAAAAUUUCGUUCACAAGACCUGCCUUGUAGUUUAUUUAUAUUUAAUAUCUGGAUUACAGAAUCUGAUUUUAAUUAAAUCAGGUUAACUAGAUAGUUUCUGGAUGUCUCAUAAACUUGCAGAGACUGGAGGGUAGGGACCAGCAAAUUUAGUUAAAAAAAAAAAAAAGGGCAGAAAAAAAAAGCCAGGAAAAAGUAAAAUAGUGUUGCUCACAGGAGAUAGGAAAUGAAUUUAGAAUCAGCAAAUGUUGCUAAUAUCCUAAAGCCUUUAACAUAAAGGCUGGAGUGAACUGACAAACCAUAACAAAACCUCUCCUAAACAGACUACUUAACAUUAGC